AUGUGUAAAGCACUAGUUUAUAAGCACAGUUUAUUAACUAGUAAUGAGAUUAACUACGAUACGAAUAUUGUGAAUAUGGAUAUAAUAUUGUCGAGUGCCGAUCAGUCGGAAUUGAAAGACGAACAUAAAGUGGAUGUCACUUACAAGAACUUAAUACUCGACAACCAAAUCAAUCGAACUGGUUCAGCAAAUACACACCUAGUUCAUACUACACCAACUUCGAGUCCUAGUUCGGAUACUACCGAUAAUCACGAUUCUCGAGAUGGUAAAGCCGGAAAGAUUCAAAGUGUUCAUAAUUUCAAAAUAGGUGGCAUUAAUCAUAUAGUGUUGAUAUUAAAUAAGAAUAUUAUUCAAUUGUUCCGAGAACAGAUUGCGAAACAGAAAAUCAAUAAGAAAUCUUUUAAAGUAUUUGAAUUAACUAAAGAAUGGAAACAUGUUAAUGAUCAUAGUGAAGAUAUCAUGAUGGAUACAUCAUUUUCAAAUCCUAAUGAUGAAAUUGUUAAAAUAGGGGUAAUUCAGAAUAAGUAUCUCUAUAGUUGUUCACCUUCAGGUAAAUUGAUUGUACGAGAUCUCAUUAAUGAUGACUCCAAAUUUGCAUAUAAAGUGUAUUGGGUAGGCCAAGUAUCAUCAAUGUGUGUGUGGGAUAAAUACCCGGGUGUAAUAAAUAUUGCCACUGUCACUGAUCAUAAUGAUCUCAAAUUAUACGAAAUUGAAUUGGAUGUGAAAUUAGAAGCUGAUAGAAAUCAUCGACACAUGUCGCAAUUACCUGAAAAUGGAGAGCAUCCUACUUAUGUUCCUAUAUAUGACUUCUUACAUCCACCAGCUAGACAAUUACGAAGAGUAUUUACUUCUUUAAAUGUUAUACUUGAUCCUAGUGCGGUCAAUCAUCAUAAUUAUCCAAAUAUAGAAAGUCGAUCUCCAGAUAAUGAAGCUUCAUGGCGUGCUUAUGCAAAUUCAAUAAAUAAUCGAAUUAUUCGAAUAAAUAAUCCUAAUCCUAAUUCUGGAAAUCGGACAAAUAAUACAUCCACAACCAUUCCGGUAUCUAAUGUUAACGUUGGAUCAACAAGUGCUAGACUGAGAAGUUCUCAAUCGAUAUUAAUGCCAAUAUGGGGAUCUGAAUUAGCCGAUCACAAUUCAAAGGGAGCAAGGUUCUCUAAUUGGAUAGUUUCCAUUCUACUCUUUGAAAGUGUAAUUAUAUGUGGUACUCAAUUUGGAGUACUAUCUUGUUUUGAUACCACAACGGGAAAUUAUGGAGCCCCUUCAUCAGUAACAAAAUUAAAAGUAUCUAUAUUUCCAUUAAUUAAUCUUGUGAAGAUAAAUUCAAAUCACUUUUUAUUCACAGAUUCAUUAAGCAAAGUUGGAAUAGUAAAAGUAUUACCCAGUAAAGCUCUCGAGAUUGUUAACUUUUAUGAUAAUUUACAAAUAGGACCUAUGCUGAAAUUUGAAUGUAUUUUACCAGUCCAGAUGAAGCAAACGCAAGAACGACCAGUUAAAUUAAAGCCUUCUGCAACUUAUUCAUCUCCAUUAGAAUUUAAGAGUCCAAUAUAUUUGGUGUCAUCAACAUUACAGAAUACGAUCAUGAUCCACAAACUUUUUCCUCAUAAUACCUGGGAAUUGGUUCUAGACCUUCCAACUCCUGCCUUGGUUCCUGAUUUCUCGAUAUUGAACAAUAAUUAUCAUGCCUUUCAAUCAAUCUUUGGUCAUACUGAGCGCCAUCUUCACGAUCGACCUCAACGGUCUACAGACAAUAGCGAUAAACUACUUGAUGAAAGUAAUACUCAUGAAGAAGAUUACGAAAGAGGUAAAAUCAGUAAAAGGGCGAAAUAUGCAUAA